AUGGUGACGGCGGGCCUUAUGGUGACGCCGGGGCAGCUGGUGGGGCGCCGACGUCUUUCACCCCACAUUGAGAUCGGCCCCACUUGCAUCGUGAAGGGCUUCACCAGCAACUUCUCCCUGUCAACCGCUGACGGCGCAAACGCCAAGUCAGCAUUCGGUUUCAAGAUCAGCAAGGCGUCAAAGUCCGCGGCCGCAAACGUCAGGCUCGUCCCCAACGCCAACACGGCAAAGGCGCUCGGCAGCACAAUUGUCUGCAUCAACCUGCCAGCCGUCUCCAGCCUUUGCAGCACGGUCGACAGGCUGUGCGGUGCGUCCGCGUGCAAAGUGAAUGUGACCACCUCUAAGUUCAAGCCGGCAGGCUUGGUGAAGCCCAAGUCGUUGCCGUGCUGCCUCAAGGGCGCGGUCAACAUCCUGCCAGGACUGCCGGCCACGCUGCAGCCGACAGUAACAGUGAACUUGACAUACACUGUGACCAACAACGGCACCGCCGCCUCACCCGCGGCCACCUUUGCAUUCUGGCUUGACAGACCCAUCACGCCCGCCUGCAACGACGUGACCGGCGCCACGGGUGCCUUGCGCCCGCUCGCUGCGGGCGAGUCGAGGGCCAAGUUCCUCGUCGUGACGUUGCCCGGCGCUCCCGGGCAGUACACGUUGCGGCUACUGCUGGACAGUGCGUGCAUCGUGAAUGAGAUCAGCGAGACCGACCACCUCGCCUCCCUGCCCUACCUCAUCUCCACCACCAUUGGACCGGUUGCCAACCUGGCACUCACGUCGCUCGCUCUGAGCACCAGCCCCUCAUCAGGCGCCUUCACGCCCGGCCAGCUUGUGAACUUGACCGUGGGCGUCUUGAACAACGGCACCGCCGCCUCAACAAGCAGCGUUUUAUCCGUCUUCACUGACAGUCCCGUGACGCCAACUUGCAGGGGGCUGGGCAGGGCCGUUGGCACGUCGGUGGACGUGCUGGCAGCCGGGUCGAGCGCCAACAUCACAGUUACUGUCCCAGGCCCCCUGUCAUUCGGCGCCAAGACCCUUCAGGUGGUCCUGGAUUCCGAAUGCACGGUGAUUGAGACCACCAGAGCGGACAACGUCGCCGGGGUCUCGUACACUGUUGCAGCACCCGACUUUGUUGCGAGCAACUUGCAGGUGAUCCCCCUGGGGGGUCCAGUGCUGCAGGUCGGCACUAUCUUCUCGGUCAACGCGACCAUCACAAACGUCGGCACCGCGGCGGGCGACCCCGGCUUGUUCGGCGCCUUCACCACCGUCUCCUCGCCUGCCGGGUGCGGCGACGCCCGGUUGAACAGCCCCCUUGGCAGCUACCCAUGGUCGGCUGGCUCGAUCCCCCCUGGCGCCAGCGUGACGGCCCAAUUCACUGGAUUCAGGGCUGAGGCCGUCCCCGGCAAAUAUGUGUUGUGGUUUGUGGUGAACUACCUGUGCCGGCCCCAGGAGCCCAACUUUGUCGACAACCAGCUGAACUUCACGUACACCAUUUAG